AUGUCAGCCCGCCAGCGACGCCCGUCGACGACCGAAGUCACGGAAGAUGUCGUAAAAAAGGUUGAGAAAAAGAUAGGAAAUGCAUUGACUGUGCUUUGGGAUGACUUGCCAGCCUGGCAACGAGACAAUCAUUACAUAUAUUCUGGCUACCGGCCAACCUCGGAGUCUUUCAAGAAGUCUUUCGCUAGUCUUGGCUACAUCCACAACGAAUCAGUCAAUAUAUACUCUCAUCUGCUAGGAGCAGUAGUCUUUUCCAUAGCUGGAGUCAUAAUCUACUCUGCAGUCAAGCCAAGAUAUGAGACGGCAACAUCAUCAGAUGUUUUGGCGUUUUCGUUCUUCUUCGUUGGGGCGGCAUUGUGCCUGGGCAUGUCGGGCACGUAUCAUACGAUCUCGAAUCAUUCUCUAAUGGUUGCCAAAUUUGGUAACAAACUCGACUACGUUGGAAUUGUAUGCUUGAUUACUGGAAGUUUUAUCCCGGCUAUCUACUAUGGCUUCUAUUGUCACCCACAUCUGCAAGAGGUUUACUGGACUAUGAUGACUACUCUUGGGCUUGGGUGCACUUCGGUAUCAAUCUUCGAAAGAUUCAGGACCCCAGCGUGGCGCUCAUACCGAGCAGGCAUGUUCGUGGGAAUGGGGCUAUCAGCAGUUGUACCAAUCCUUCACGGUAUCGGAAUAUACGGUGUAGAGGAAAUGCAAGAUAGAGUGGGAAUGGCCUGGAUGUUACUAGAAGGGUUCCUCUACAUCCUUGGAGCUGGCUUGUACGCUGCUCGUUGGCCCGAAAGAUCAUGGCCAGGAGCAUUUGACAUUUGGGGGAGUUCCCACCAGAUCUUUCACAUGCUUGUUCUUGCAGCUGCUACCUCUCAUUUGUACGGCUUAAUGAAGGCGUUUGACUACCAUCAUACCACGCUGGGGCUCAAAUGUUAG